AUGCCGUUUGGAUUGAAGAACGCUGGAGCCACAUACCAGCGGAUGAUGACAAGAAUAUUCCGAGAGAAAAUUGGGUGCACAGUGGAAGUAUACAUUGACGACAUGGUGGUAAAGAGCAGAAAGGAGUCGCAACAUAUAGAAGACCUCCGGGGAGUAUUUAAGAUACUCCGGCAGCAUAAGUUGCGCCUGAACGCCGAGAAGUGUACUUUCGAUGUGGGGGCUGGCAAGUUCUUGGGUUAUCUAAUUUCUACUCGGGGGAUAGAGGCCAAUCCCGACCAGAUAGAGGUCGUGAAUCGCCUCAGACCGCCGGCCAAUCCCAAGGAAGUACAAGUGCUAACCGGGAUGUUAGCCACCCUAAACCGAUUCAUCUCCAAAUUUGUUAAUCGCUGCAGACCGUUUUAUCAACUUCUGAAGAAGUGGAAGGGGUUUCAAUGGGACGAGGAAUGUGACAAGGCUUUUCGAGAACUGAAGGAAUACUUGGCAAAAGCGCCCAUGUUAACGGCCCCGGAGUCCGGGGAGGAUUUGUUUAUAUACCGAGACGAGAUACCUGCCCUUAGAGAAGUUAGUGUUGGCAGUGGUGCACGCCACGAGGAAGUUGCUGCAUUACUUUCAGGCUCAUACGGUAUUCGUCCUCACCGAGUAUCCCCUGCAGUCGUUGUUAAAAAGAUCGGACUUCACGGGCCGAAUAGCCAAGUGGGGAACUCGGUGAAGGGACAGGUUCUUGCUGAUUUCAUUGCAGAAUUUACCCCUAAGAACGACGGGAAGAUAAUCUGUAAUGCAGAAAGUCAUCCAUGGAAGGUGUUUGUAGACGGCGCUUCGAAUGCUAUGGGGGCCGGAGCUGGUAUUGUCAUAAUCACCCCGGAGGGCAUACGACUAGAACACUCCUUCAGAUUAGGAUUCAAAGCCUCAAACAACGAAGCCGAAUACGAGGCCUUUCUAGCCGGAUUGAGGGCCGUAUUACAUCUGGGCGCGAAAGAUGUUGAGAUUUAUUCAGACUCUCGGCUGGUCGUUUAUCAAAUCAUAGGAAGCUUUGAAGCUCAGGACUCUCAGAUGAAAGCCUAUCUGAGUACAGCUAAGCAAAUCAUUAGCCAGUUCGGGACAGUGAAGGUGGCCCAGGUAGGUCGGGCACAAAACAGACAUACCGACUCACUGGCCACGUUGGCUUCAUCUGCUACCAAGGAUACUCCUCGGCUCAUCAAAAUAGAGCUUAUAAGGGAGCCAAGUAUCGAUGUGAAAAAUGAUUAUGACCCGGCCAGGGUUGAGGUGGCCAUGGUGUCAGUGGCCAAUCCAUGCUGGAUGAACCCGAUCAUAGAUUUCUUAGCCGAGGAUAAAGUUCCGGACGAUGAAAAGGAGGCUAAAAAGAUUCAACGGGUGGCUCCCCGAUACUGGCUGUCGGCAGAUCACAAAUUGUACCGGAGGUCUUUCGCAGGCCCUUACCUUUUAUGCCUACAUCCCGAGAAAGUAAACGAACUUUUGACCGAGCUACAUGACGGAGUGUGUGGUGGCCAUGUUGGGGGGCGGUCUUUAGCACACAGGGUGAUGACCCAGGGGUUUUGGUGGCCACAAAUGCAGAAGGAUGUCGCGGAAUAUGUCCGGAGGUGUGAACAAUGCCAAAAACACGCUCCUCUAAUCCACCAGCCAGCAGGUCAUCUAAACCCCGUCAGCAGCCCAUGGCCGUUUGCACAAUGGGGGCUAGACAUCCUCGGCCCUUUUCCCCGAGCAACAGUCACAAGGUUUGGGGUGCCGAACUCACUGGUAUCAGACAAUGGGCUACAGUUCGAUAGCAAAGUUUUCCGGGCCUUCUGCAGCGAUCUCGGCAUUAAGAACAAGUAUUCAACUCCGGCAUACCCUCAAAGCAAUGGCCAAGUUGAGGCAGUGAACAAGACGAUUUUGAACGGGUUGAAGAGGAGGUUGGACGGGGCAAAGGGAAGGUGGGUUGAAGAGCUACCUAACAUUUUUUGGGCUUACCGUACGACUCCCAGAAGAUCCAUGGGUGAGACCCCUUUCUCUUUGACAUAUGGAGCGGAGGCCGUGAUACCAAUCGAGGUGAGCUUGUGCAGUGCACGGGUCGCAGGAUUUGACCCCGUCCAGAACGCCGACCUGAUGAUGGAGCGCUUGGACUGGUUAGAAGAAUGCCGGGAGGCAGCAACCAUACAGCUCGCGAAGUAUCAGCAGAAACUUGCCCAAAGAUACAACCAAGAUGUAAAGGGUAGGGAAUUCAACGCCGGGGAAUUGGUGCUAAGGAAGGUUGUGGGAAACAUGCGAGACGUAGCUGCAGGGAAGCUUGCUCAAAUGUGGGAAGGACCGUACAGAAUUACCGCCAUUGCCGACAUGGGGGCUUACUACCUGGAAGACCUUGACGAGAGGCCGCUCCCCCGGCCAUGGAAUGCCCACAACCUAAAGAAGUUUUACCCGUGA